AUGGAUGUGAAAAGAAACAUUACCAUGGUGACUGAUUUCAUUCUUUUGGGAUUUUUAGAGUGUCCCCAGCUGCAGGCUGUCCUCUUUGCGUUGUUUCUGGGGACCUACCUGGUGACCCUGGCUGGAAACCUGGGCCUCAUUGUCCUGAUCAGAAUGUUCUCACAUCUCCACACCCCCAUGUACUUCUUCCUUAGUAACCUGUCCUUUGUUGAUGUCUCAUACACCUCCUCCAUAGCUCCCAAGAUGCUCUACGAUUUCUUUAGGGAGCGGAAGUCCAUCUCCUUCGUAGGCUGUGCUACCCAGCUUUUCUUCUUUAUCGGCAUGGGAAGUAGUGAGUGCUGUCUCCUGGCUGCCAUGGCAUAUGACAGAUAUGCUGCAAUCUCCAGCCCUCUACUCUAUCCAUCCCUCAUGUCGCCCACCAUCUGUGUGGGGAUGGUCAUCACAGCAUAUGCAGGAGGGUUCCUCACUGGUUUGGUGGAAACCAGCUCCAUAUUCCAGCUUCGUUUCUGUGGGUCUCCGGUUAUUAACCAUUUUUUCUGUGACUUGCCACCCCUAACGUCUUUGUCUUGCUCUAGUACUUUUAUCAGCCAGGUAGUGAACUUCCUGGUUGUGUGUGGAGUUGGUGGGGCAUCAGCCCUGGUUGUCUUCGUCUCCUAUGGCUACAUCAUCGCUGCCGUCAUGAAGAUUCAUUCAACCCAUGGGCAGAUGAAGGCUUUCAACACCUGUGCCUCUCAUCUGACUACGGUGGUUCUCUUCUAUGGCUCUGGUCUCUUCUCAUACCUCCACUCCAAGGCUGGCUACUCACAGGACAAAGAUAAGGUGGUGUCCGUGUUCUAUGGGGCAGUGAUCCCCAUGUUGAACCCUAUCAUCUACAGCCUGAGGAACAAGGAGAUCAAAGAAGCACUGAAGAAACUCAAGGAGAGGAAGAAGCAGGUGUCCUGUCUGUGCUAUAUAGUUACUUAG